UAACGAACGUGGACGGGAUGAGAGAUUCUCAACAUCAUUGUCGAGGAGGAGUCGGCCAAGGAGGUCACACAGGGACGAUGAACCGCCGGCACCCAAGAGGAAGGGCGGCGGUUUUGUACUGAUGCCAAAACUAUCCCAAGAAGAACUGGACAAGAUUAGCAAACCCAAAGACGUCUGGGAAGCCAGAUCACUCUACUUCGUCCCCCCCAAGAGAUCAAAAGAACACCAGAAACCCAUCCGGCAACCCAAACCGCCAAAACCCGAACCCUCCCGAAGGAACCGCGACGCAGCAGCCAUGAUCGCCAGCCCAGACGCCAUCAAAGCAGCAAUCUCAAUUUCAGAAAAGGACCUCCGCCUGGCGCGGAGACCGCCCCCGCCGCCCCCCGAAAUCGAACUCGAGGGCGACGGCGGCAGCCUCGUCGCGGACCCCAUCGCCAGUGACGACGUCCUCCCGCACGCCCUCGCCGCCCGCUUCUUCCUGUCUCCGCCCGCGACGUUCUUGUACUCGGCCUUCCGGCUGAAGCACCACCCGCUCAACACCACCACGCCCGAGAUCUGCGUCGUCGGCGCCAGCAACUGCGGGAAGUCGUCCUUCAUCAACGCCCUCACCGGCGCGGCGUCGCUCGCGAAAGUAAGCGACCGGGCAGGCAAGACCGUCUCCAUGAAUGCCUACGGCGUGGGACCCUUGACGGGCCUUCCUUUCCGGAAACCAGUCGCCUCCCCUUCUUCUUCUUCCUCGUCCGAGGGUGGCGGCGGCGUCACAAAGGAAGAGAAACCAGAACACGGCAUAAUCCUUGUCGACACCCCCGGCUACGGCUACGCCUCCCACGAAGAAUGGGGCCGCGAAAUCGUCGAAUACAUCAACAAGCGCACCAUGCUCCGCGGCAUCGUCCUCCUCCUCUCCUCCGAGAAAAAAGUAUCCGAAAAGGACGCGCAAAUCGUCAAGCUCCUCGCCGACGCCGGCCGCCCCGUGAUGCUCGUCUUCACCAAGAUGGACAAGGCGCUCUCUCGUAAAGCGCGCGAGGAAGGCGGCAUCGCGCAGCGGUUACGCGAGGCGGAGCGGUGCUUCGCGAGGACGGGGUGGGACGGCUGGGUGAAGAGGGUGUACAUCACCGCGGCGCGGAUGGAGCGCGAUAAGAGCUGGAAGGUGGAUGAGGGCACGAGGAGCGGCGCAGCGGGGAUGGCCGGGGUGAGGAUGGGGGUUUUGGAGUUGGCGGGUGUCAGGGAGUUUGUUGCGCCGGAGAAGGCUAGCAAGAUGGUCGCUCAGCGGAGGGCGGCGCAAAAGUCGCAAAAGACACAGGACAAGGGUGGGGAGGAGAAAGAGGAAAAGAGGCUGGAGCCGGGUAAGGCUUUGGAGAGCGAUCCGGCGGCGUGGUCUGGGGACGUGGUUUCGUUUGAGGAGCUAGAGAAGAAGUUUGGGGACUGGAGUUCGUGA